AUGGAACAUGUGAAGACCGAAGUCAAAAGUGAGGAAAUGUCUGACGAAGAAAACAGUCUUUCUGAGUACGACAAAUCACAAGACGAUCCACAAGAUGAGUCACAAGACGAAUCUGACGAUGAGAUUACCGAUUUCACACAAUACGACUUAGCGAUAAGAAUUCGAGAGGGUUCCAGACUUUCUUUAGAAACCCUAAAUUCGAUGAGUGAGAUGAUUUCUGAAGCCUUAGUUGGGCGAAUUAAGAAGAUGGAUAUUGUGACUGACUUGAGUGGAUUUCCAUCAUUGAAAGAGAAGACGAAGGACAUUUUGUUGUUAUUCAAAUACGACCGCUGGGGGUGUUUUAAAGAGCAAAUUCUAGGGCCUUCAUUUGAAGACAAAGAGAAGCAUGAGAAGUUCAAACACAUAUGGGGGGAGUUAGCGGAGUUUCGGCGGUUUCGAGAUGGGCGUAUGAUGUGUGUAGUAACGCACCAAACGGAGAGUGACAAGUCGUUUUCGACCAACGAAUAUUUCAUCCGGCAGUUAUUAAUCAAACACUUUGGACUUACACAUCAUAAUAUGAUUACCGAUUUUAAUAAUAUAAUUCGAAUGUUACCCCCAUCCACACGUGGUGUUGAUAUACGAGAAAGUACUCUUGAACUGAUCGACAUUAUUAAGAACACCAAAUUGCCUGUAGAUAUUUCUACUGUACGACCUAUCUCAGCAAGUACUCGAUUCACUUCAUAUAUUUACCCUAAAAAGAUAACAAACAACACAGUCGACUAUUCACUUUAUGUGGAGUCUAUCCCUCUCGUCAUCACUUUUACUUAUUUAGGAAAUUGGCCGGAUCGUCUCGAAGCUAUUAAUUCGAUGAAAACUAGUCUGAGUCUGGAAAUUAAAAAUCAACUGAGUAAGCAAGGGAUUCAAGGAAUUGUGAGAACAGACGGGUAUACCAUUUACUAUAAGAAUUACGUCUUUUCUAUUUAUUAUAACUCCGCAGAAGAAAUGCAACUCUUCUUCAAGUACGAUGACAUAGAAAACGCUAAGAAGUGUGCACACAUGUACAGACAACAACCCGCAGUGUCUUCUUAUCUCUUAGAAAGCUGUUUGAAAAACCCAAGUUUCUCCCUUUCAAGUCGUCUUGUCAAAAAAUGGAUCUAUUCAAAAGGCUUUUCGCCUUACUUCAAUGACGAAAUUGUUGACGCCAUCCUCUCACACUUCUUCUUUCUAAAACCAAUAGCUACUCCACAAAAAUUCUUUAUGAAGUUCAUCAACUUCUUUGCUUCAGUUACUACUCUCCCACUCGAAAUGGGAAAUAAAGAUGAAUUUAUAGUUAAAAGAGACAACGGUAAAGGUAUCAUUUUUAACUUCGACACAGACCUUGCAGUCAACGCAUACUUGAACAAUUUCUCCCCGUCACUCCGUGUCGUCCGCUUGUUGUGUGGAUAUGCACAACAAACUCAGAAGCUUCUUCAGAACAAUUUCUGUUUAAAACAAAAUGAAGUCUUUGCAAAGGAAUUGUUUGCUAUGCCACAAUUCAAGAAUGGGAUCACUAUUAAAUUGGACAAAAAACUCUUCACUAAACAAAAUACAAAGUUCCUCUCUGAUUAUUGUAGCCAACACGCUUCGAAAAUCGGGUUCGUCGAUUUCGAUCCACUCAAAAAAUACACGGAAGAGGUAGUGAAGUUCAUUAAAGACGACGGUUUGGUCUUUGUGAAUUACAUCGAAGGGAGCGAUAUAUAUCUCCAACUGAACCCAAAGUCACAACUCGGCUCACUUCUCGCUCAAAAAGAUAUGACUUGCAAUAUAACCUCUUUCUUGACCAAAACGAAUUUGAUGACGAUGGGUGAGUUUAAGCUGGCUCUUCAAAGACUUGGAGGGUCUUUUGUGACUGAUGUGAUCAUUGAAUGA